AUGGACUCUGCCACUGUCCGAAAUGGAGAUCAUUUAGCUAGCGGACAGCCUGUGUCGUCAGCGCCAGUGGAGAAUCCCCGAUGGGCACUGCCGAACGGGGACGUGGUGAGAGGGCCCAAAGUGCCCCAAAAACAAAGGAAGCAACAUCAAUCUCCAGCAAUGACUCCGGCAGAGCAGCCAGAGUGGAGUCAGCCAGAGGUCUCUCGGAAUAACGGCUAUCAGAGAAAUGGCCGACUUGGCAUGAGAGAAUUGGAAAAAUGGGAUGCCGAGCAAACUGAAAAGCAACAGUCUGCAGGGCAAAAUCAGCUCAUCCACAUGGAGGAGCUGCACCCAGGCGUCGAGGAAGAAAAAGACGUUUUGGAGGCCAUCUAUGGUGCAGAGUUUGAGAUCCUAGGAGCUGCAGAGUGGAGGAUCCGUUUUCCAUCGCCGCAUGAUUCAGCUUUGCGGUUGCUGCUACCGGCUGGCUAUCCAUGUACAGAGCCACCGGUGCCAAUUUUCGAUUGUGAAGGAGCAUCUGAGCCUUUACGACAUGCAGCCGCGGAUGCUAUUUGCGAACUCACUGAGAAUUGGGAACCACCUAUGGAAGGAGAAGGUUGUAUUUACCAGUGGGUGGAGCGGCUGCGAGAGUGUCUCGAGCCAGCUCUUGCAUUGGAGGUUGCACAAAGGGAAGAGUCAGAUGAAAGUUAUGCAGUGGCACUGCAAGCCCAAGAAGCUUACACAGAGGCUUCUGCCAGCAGUAAGGGGUUCACCUUCUUGCCAGCCAAUCCGCAGUAUGGACAGAGAAGGCGGACCUUUGACGACACUGCCUUCGAAGCUGCGAAUGCUGUCGACAUCAAACGGGGCGAGCCGUUCACAGACCGAAAGUCUACUUUCCAGGCCUUCGCCGCAAAGGUGUCCAAUCAAGGUCAAGUGAAUUGGGCCUUGCGGAUGUUGCUGGAAGACAGAAAAAUUGCCGUGGCUACUCACAAUAUGUUCGCUUACAGGUUUCGCGACGAGGUGCGUGGCAUCCAGGUUGCGGACAAUGAGGACGACGGCGAGGAUGGUGCCGGAUCAAAGCUGGCAGAACUCCUCCAGCUCGCUGAUUGUGAGGAUGUCUUCGUCAUGGUGAGUCGCUGGUAUGGUGGCAUCCAUUUAGGCUCCGACCGCUUCAAACACAUCAGCCGCGCUGCUUCAUCUCUUCUAGAUGAGCAUGGCUGGAGUGGACGGAGUCAAGGCCGCGGUGCACCAAAGAAAAAGAAGUGAGCAAAA